CUUCUUCCCGAUUUUUUUUCUAUCAAUCCACUUUCCCCUCAAUUUCUCUCUCAAACUCGUCUUCUUCUUCGCUUCAGCCAUGGGAACCCUAUCUCUCUCAUCUUCUCUCAAACCUUCCCUCGUUAGCUCCAGACUCAGUUCAUCUUCUUCUGCGUCUUCUUCCUCUUUUCCGAAACCGAACAAUCUCUACCUCAAACCCACCAAACUGGUUUCAGCACCACUCAGAACUUCGCCGUCGCCACCAAGAUUCGCCAAUGCUUCAAUCGAGAUGUCGCAGACACAGGAGGCAGCUAUUCGCGGCGCGGAAUCCGACGUCAUGGGUCUUCUCCUUAGGGAGCGAAUCGUCUUCCUCGGUAGCCAAAUUGACGAUUUCGUCGCCGACGCCAUUAUGAGCCAGUUGCUGCUUCUAGAUGCUAAAGAUCCUAAGAAAGAUAUCAAACUCUUUAUCAAUUCUCCUGGUGGUUCCCUCAGUGCAACCAUGGCUAUAUACGAUGUGGUUCAGCUUGUGAGAGCUGAUGUUUCGACGAUUGCUCUUGGCAUUGCCGCAUCAACAGCUUCGAUAAUACUAGGUGCGGGAACUAAAGGCAAACGCUUUGCUAUGCCCAACACAAGGAUAAUGAUUCAUCAGCCUCUUGGAGGUGCGAGUGGUCAAGCUAUAGAUGUUGAGAUCCAAGCUAAAGAAGUCAUGCACAACAAGAACAAUGUCACGAGUAUCAUCGCUGGAUGUACUAGCAGGUCGUUUGAGCAGGUCCUGAAAGAUAUUGACAGAGACCGGUACAUGUCUCCAAUUGAAGCGGUUGAGUAUGGUUUAAUUGAUGGAGUUAUUGAUGGAGACAGCAUUAUUCCUCUGGAGCCUGUUCCUGAUAGAGUGAAAUCGAGAGUAAACUAUGAGGAGAUCAGCAAGGAUCCGAUGAAAUUUUUGACUCCUGAGAUACCUGAUGAUGAGAUUUACUAAGAGACAAGCCCGUCUAGAACCAGGUAUCUUUCAAUGUGACUGAGACUGGUAAGGUUAGAGGAAAAAGCUCGAUAACAUCUGCGGUCAUUGGUGAGUGACUUUGCAAAAAAUCGAAGUUGACAUUGCUUGCCUUUGUAUCUCAUAUUUUGCUUAUUCAGAAAGAUAUUUGUUCUCAUAUGAGUAUAAUGACUAAAAGAAACUGUAGUUGAUUUCAUUUGUAUGUCAAUCUCUCUUCAAGUGUUCUAUGGAUUCAUGAAGUAUCACUCCACUUA